CAUUUUCAUCGUCUUCUUAAUCAAAAAAAAAAAAAAAAAAAAACUCUGAAGCUUCUUCUUUGAUUAAUUCUCUCCUGGGGAAAAAAAACCCUAGCUCUUCCUUCUUCUCUCUUCUCUUGAAUUAUCUGCUUUCGAAUUUUUUGAAAAGGGAGAAACUUUUUCAUCUGGGUCUCUCUCUCUCCCGAGUUUGGAUGAAGUUUAUUGAAACCUAGGGUUUUUCUCCGACUUGGUUGUUGAUUAGAGAUAAUGAGUGCAAUCAAAAUCACCAACGUCGCUGUAUUGCAUAAUCCUGCUCCUUUUGUUAGCCCUUUUCAGUUCGAGAUUUCUUACGAGUGUUUGAAUUCUCUCAAAGACGAUUUGGAAUGGAAGCUUAUCUAUGUAGGCUCAGCAGAAGAUGAGACUUAUGAUCAACUUCUAGAGAGUGUGCUUGUAGGGCCUGUUAAUGUUGGCAACUACCGCUUUGUAUUUCAGGCUGAUCCUCCGGAUCCAUCAAAGAUUCAGGAGGAAGACAUCAUCGGUGUUACUGUGCUAUUGUUGACAUGUUCUUACAUGGGUCAAGAGUUCUUGAGAGUUGGAUAUUACGUGAACAAUGAUUAUGAGGAUGAGCAACUCAAGGAAGAGCCUCCAACUAAGGUUUUGAUUGAUAAAGUUCAGAGGAACAUACUUUCCGACAAACCUAGAGUUACUAAAUUUCCUAUAGAUUUUCAUCCAGAAGAAGAGCAGACUGCUGCUACUGCCGCUCCUCCUGAACAAUCUGAUGAACAACAACCUAAUGUCAAUGGUGAAGCUCAGGUUUUACCUGAUCAGUCAGUAGAACCAAAACCUGAGGAAUCAUGAUCCUUAUACCAAGUCUAGUUGAAGAAAAGUGGAUGAGAAUUGAGAACUAUUGUCUCCACAGAUGUUGCGCUUUGCUUUUCUGUCUUUCAAAAGCAUUAUAUGCUGUUUGUUGUACUUAAUUCUAGAGGCUUUAGGGAAGUGAUUCUUGACAUUUUUGUAUGUUUAUGUUUUGGGCAAAGGUUUUUUAAAUCGAAGCAAAGCCAACAGUUGCCAAACAAGAUUCUGAGUUCUGAUGGUUGGAAUUUGGUAAUAGGUGUAGAAUAACUUCCCUAGAUUUUCUCAAGGUACAAAGCGACAUUUGAUCUUCAUCAUUUGUUGAAAAAAGUGC